AUGGUACGUUCAGAAAGAGAAUUCCUCGAAAAACGCAUUGUACAACAGUACGUGAACUUUGCUAAACAUGGAAAAAUAAUUACUGUAAAUCAUUUUUUACAAGAACAAAUUCCACGUCCAACUAUAUAUCGAAUCAUUAAAAAGUAUGAAGAAUUUGGUGCUAUUGGUAAUAAGCCGAGACUUGGUCGUCCUAAAAAAUUAUCAACACAACAAUUAAAUCGACUAAAACGCUUGACUGACCAAAGGACUGGAGUUUCAUUACGUCAAAUUCAACCAGAAUUUAAUGUCGAUAUUUCUACACUUAGUCGACAAUUAAAAGCUAUGGGUAUUACGUAUCGAAAAAAGAAACGAGCAACCAAAUACACCGACAAACAACUUGAUGAAAUUCCAACACGUGCAAGACGAUUAUGCCGAGCAUUAUCUGAAGAUAAUAUUGAAUUAGUGUUGGAUGAUGAAAAUGCUGCACCACCAGAACGAGAAGCCAUNUUAUCAACACAACAAUUAAAUCGACUAAAACGCUUGACUGACCAAAAGACUGGAGUUUCAUUACGUCAAAUUCAACCAGAAUUUAAUGUCGAUAUUUCUACACUUAGUCGACAAUUAAAAGCUAUGGGUAUUACGUAUCGAAAAAAGAAACGAGCACCCAAAUACACCGACAAACAACUUGAUGAAAUUCCAACACGUGCAAGACGAUUAUGCCGAGCAUUAUCUGAAGAUAAUGUUGAAUUUGUGUUGGAUGAUGAAAAGUACUUCCUAUUACAUAACGAAUCGAUAUCUGCUAACCGCGGUUUUUAUACAUCUGAUCCAAGUGUUGCACCACCAGAAGUAAAAUUUAAACGAACGAAAAAAUUUGAAUCCAAAAUUAUGGUGUGGAUUGCCGUGUCCGAAUAUGGUAUCUCCGAGCCUUUCUUCUCACAACAAAAACAAGCUAUUACCAAAACUACUUAUUUAAAUAAUUGUAUUAAAGCUCGUUUGAUGCCAUUUAUUCAAAACAAUCAUUCUAAACAAAAUGUGUUGUUCUGGCCUGAUCUAGCGAGAAGCCAUUAUGCUCAUCAAGUGAUCGAAUAUUUAGAUGAAAAUAACAUUCGUUUUGUAUCUGAACAAGAAAAUCCACAAAACUGUCCACAAGCUCGACCAAUCGAAACAUUUUGGUCUAUUCUUGAACAAAUGGUAUAUGCUGGUGGUUAG